AAUAGGUAUAUUCAGGUGGCAGGUCUGCCUCGUCUUUUUCGUGAAAAAGAAGGUAGGUAGGUGCUACUUUCCAACUUCCACAUACACUCUCCUCUCCCUCUACACUUUCAAAAUCAAACUGGUGGUGUUUUUUUUUCUUUUACAAUCUUCUCAUACUUUCAACACUAUCCUUGUUGAUUUUUUCAAAAUAUUUUUCUCGGGUUUUGAUCUUAUUGUGGUUGGAUCGUUUCCAAAUUCUGUAAAUAGCCGGACUUUAGUACAGUAGUUUACUUUGCCCUUUUCAAAAUUUAUGCAUAGUAGUCUCUUUUGAUCUUCAAGAGAUUAUUAUGGUCCGACACUUUUGAAAUCUCGUACAUAGCGAGAGAGCUUUAGUGCUGAAGUAGUUCUUUUGAGCUUUAGUGAGUCGGGGUGAUCUUUUGAUCAUCAAUGUCUGAAGUAGUUGAUUCCGUUAAAUACCCUUCUCUACCUUCGAAUUACGUUUCCAUAGUCCAUCUACAAGAACGAUGGCUUAAAGAGAAACAAAGAAAACAACAACAACAAGAAGAAAAAGAAAACCAAGAAAAAAAGCAAAACCCAGUUGGUAAAUAUCAUCAAAAUCCCAUUGUAAAAAGUCGAGAAAACGAAGGAGUGAAACAAUACCCAGUUGGGCAAAAUCAUCAAAAACGCGUUGUAAAUGAUACUAAUUAUAGUGCAAAAAGUUGGCGUGAAGUGGGUUUGGUUGCUAAGGAAACCAAGUUAAAGGAGGUUGAAGAAGGAGAAAAGAAGAGGAAGAAAAGGGGGUAUUUUGGGAAGAGGAAGCCUAGGGUUGAAAGAGAUAUGGGUGAAUUUUCGAACGUUGAGGUGGGCGAGGAGGAAGAAAUGGUGAGUGUGGAAAAUGGUGGAAGAGAAUUAUGUAAGGGUAAAUGUAAGGAGUUUGAAGAAGUGGCUACUGUUUGCAUGGUGGAGGUGGUAGGAGAAAGUAAUGCAGAUAGGGAAUUCGCGGGGAAUCAAUGUGGUGGAGUUGGGUUUAGUGAGGGAAAGCAUAGCGGGAGAAAGAUGGGUUAUGGGGUUGGAGAAGUGAGUGAAAAAGGAGACAAUGCAGAAAAGGAGAAGGUGAGAAUGAGAGGCACAUUUUGUGCAUAUCGGGAUAAGGAGGAGGAUUCUAUUUGCCAAGUUGUUCAAAAAAGCAAGGUAGAUAGGGAAAUCAUGGGACAGAAAUGUGGAGUUGGGUUUAAGGGAAAGAAAGAUAGGGGGAGAAGGAUGGGUGAUGGGGUUGGGGAAGUGAGCGAUAAAGUAGACAGUGUGGAGCGGUCAGGACAAGAACGUAAUGGAGAGAAGGAGGAGGUUUCUGUUGUUGUGAAAGAAAGAACUAAUGAGAAGGUGAAAGUGAGUGGUGCAUAUGGUGAUAUGGAGGUCGAAGAAGUGGCUACUGUUUGCGCGGUGGAGGUGGUAGAAGAAAACAAGGUAUAUAGAAAAAUCACCGGGCAGAAAUGUAGAGUUGGGCAUAGGGGAAAGAAAUAUAGCUGGAGAAAGAUCGAUGAUGGAAUUGGAGAAGUGAGUGAUAAAGCAAACUGCUUGGAGCAAUCAGGACAAGAAUGUAAUGCAGAAAAGGAGAAGGUUUCAAUUGAUGUAAAAGAAAGGACUAAUGAGAAGGUGAGAGUGAGAGGUGCAUUUCGUGCAUAUGGUGAUAAGAGCAAAGAUGAAUCGAUAGAUUCGGAAACUGUUUUGAAGAUGACGAUUGAGAGAGAUCUUGGGGAUUUAUCAUUGACUGAUAGGAGGAGGUAUGGUCAUGGGAGAAUGAGUGUCAGGGGGUAUGGUGACUGGAGAUAUGGGACUUCCAGAAGGUAUGAACCGCGAAAAUUGUUGAAGCAGAGGGAUAAUAGCUUUGCGUGGAUUAAAAAAGGGGAAUCUUCAAAUGGAAAUGCUGCUGAAAUUGAAACUCAGGAGUACAAGUGACACAUACUAAAUGAUGGAUGCAAGAUUCACAUCUAAGG